GUUAAAUAAGUGGAUAUUAUAAUUUUUUUUCGUGUUUUAUUUUAAAGAUUUUUUUGUUUUGUUAAUAAUGAAAUUAAUUAAUAUUUUCUCAUUGUUUUUUUACCAGAUUAUUCUGCAUGAUCUAUGUUCCUUAGCAUCAUCAUCAUUAUCGGAAAAACGUAAACAUUUAGAUCGUAUAAUUGUCGUUGUUCGUCAUGGUGAUCGUGCACCAUUAUUUCCAUUUGCAUUUGAUCGUGAUCGAAUGAAUGAAUUAUGGCCAAAUGGUUAUGGAUAUCUAACAUCGGAAGGUCGAACAAGAAUGUAUCGUAUUGGACAAUUUUUACGACGACGAUAUUCAUAUCAAUUCCCAGGCCGUUAUAUUUCACCACGUGAUGUUUACAUUCGAAGUUCAACAAUUCCAAGAUGUUUAGAAAGUUCACAAUUGAUUGCAGCCGGUCUAUCACCACCGAUUGGUGUCUGGCAAUGGAAAUCUGAUAUAGGUGAAUUAUGGCAACCGGUUCCUAUAUUUACCGUGCAAAGAUGGCGUGAAGCUCUUUUGAAUCCAUCCUCAAAUUGUGAAUUGGCUUUCCGAUUAUUCGAACGAAUUCGUAAUUCUCCUGUUGUUAAGAAUUAUUUACUUUUACAUCAAGAAAUUAUUCAAAAUAUUUCAUGUAUUACUCAUGAAAAUCUUCGUGAUCAUCGCGAAAUAAGAGAAUUUGUUGACAAUCUUGUAUCAUCUAAACAUCAUGGACGUCGUUUACCAAAAUGGUGUACAGCUAAUGUUUAUAACCAAUUGAAAGAAAUUUUUGAUAUUUCAUUACGAUUUGAUUAUACUGGUGAAAUUGAACCGGAAUUAAGACGUUUACGAGCCGGAGUUUUAAUGAAUGAAAUAUUCAAAGGAUUAGAUCCUGAUAUAGAUCCAUAUCGAAGUCGUUUAUCCAUUUAUGUGACGCACGAUUCACAAUUAUUACAUCUAAGAGAUGCUCUAGGAUUGGAUAUGAAUAGUGUAUCGUUAAUGUUUGGUUCAAUGUUAAUGUUUGAAUAUAAUAAACAAGAAGAUUCCGUACAUCUUUAUUCUGCAAAUGUUCCCGGUCCAAUGGAUCGUAUAACGGCGGAAGAAUUGAAAAUUCCUGUUUGUGAAAAAAAUCUUACACGAAUACCUUUAGGAUAUUUGCAAACAAAAUAUAAACAUUUAUUUCUUGAUUUAGAUGAAUUUGAUCGUCAAUGUGGUAAUAGUAAUGAUGGUAAACAACCAAUGGAUCCAUAUUUAUAAUCAAGAAAUAGAUGGCGCUAUGUGGUCUAGAAAAUUGUUUUUAUUAAAAAGUAAAAUUAACCACAACGACGAAAUGCCAAAUGUCGCUAAUCAUCAACAUCAUCGUA